UUCUUGUUGUCAGUGGGUGCGAGAGGUUGAAGGUUGCAAGGGACCAUAAUUCCUUCCUUAUUUUUCCUGUUAUACGCCUCUAAACUAUUUUUAUGAGCUAUUUAUUAACUAUUUAUAAGUGUAACCAGAACAUUAGGGAAGGAUGGUGAGGGAGGGGAGGCUGUGAGGAUGAAGGUGACAGUGUGGAGCAUCCUAAGUGGCCGCCUCUCUGGCCACUUGGUGAUGAGUGUUCCCGCCACACACACAAUCGGCAAGGUGCUGGAAGCCUACUGCUCUAACAAGGGGGCGACUGUAUCAAAGGACUAUGUGAUGCGCGGCCGAGACAGCCACGUCCUCAACCUUAACAAGACCCUUAAGCAGGCCAACAUACAGGACGGGGAGACACUCAUGAUAGGUCUGCUCGAUGACGAGAAGCAGACCUUCGCCUUCGGUAGCUGGUGGCUCGUCACCCUCGCCUCCUUCAUCAUCGGUUUCUUCGGCAUUGGUUGUGUGGUGUGGUUGUGCUUCCAGAUAUUUCCUGUUCCACGACAAUUUGGGGUUGUGAUUGAUGCUGGCUCUUCUCACAGUGAGGUGUUUUUGUUCUCUUGGCAUGAUGAUAAUCGUUUGGGAACACAUGAUGUGGAGCUGGUCCAUCGCUGCUUCCUGGCCGGUGGCAUCAAUAGCUUUGCCAGUCACUCAGAGGACCUUCAGGGCUACUUUGAGCCUUGCCUCACGGAGACCAAAAGUCACCUGCCAGCCUCCCAGCGAGCCAACACGCCGCUCUACCUCGGUGCCACGGCCGGGAUGAGGAUCCUCCAGAGCUUUGAUAAGGGAGCAGCAAAAGCAGUUCUGGCAACAUUACGGCAGAUUUUUGCUACAAGCUCCUUCAAGUUCAACCCAGAGAACGUGGAGGUCAUACCCGGCUCAGAGGAGGGAAUUAGUGGCUGGAUUGCUGUCAACUACCUGGCUCAUAACUCCACAAAGCGUAUUGGCGCUACGGCAUCUGCUCUGGACGUGGGUGGAGCAUCUCUCCAGGUGACCACUGAGCUGGCAGGGCAGAGUGCAUGGCAGACCAAGCCCAUCUCACUCUUUAAUCACACUCACAGUGUUUUCAGCAAGUCAUUCCUCUGUUAUGGAAUUGGAGAAGCUCAACAGCGAUACAACUUUUAUCUACUUAAUGUCAGUGGAACAAGCAACAUUACAAGAGAGGAGAGAGCAGCUCCUACUGACCCCUGCCUGCCAAAGGGCCUGACCCGCAAGGUGCCAGAGGCUCAGCUGAAGGGGCCCUGCACUCUUACCGACAACUCUCAACCUCUGUUGCCAAGGACCUCAAACAUUAACAGCAGCAAACUUCAAAGAAUAUUUAAAAACUACAAAGGAGAAGAGAAGGAUGUAAAAAUAAAUGAGAAACACUCUCGUAAAAAUGAAAAUGCCACAGAGAAUGAAAGUGAUACAGUGUCCUUCACCUUGCAAGGGUCAAGUGACGUAGGGAAGUGCAAGGAGAAGAUGCAACAGUUGUUUGACCGACGGCUUUGUGAGUCCACCUUCACGUAUGGUGACUGCAUGGAUGCUCAGUCAGUCCCUCCAGUUAACGGUACACUGUAUGCAUUCUCUGGCCUGUUCCACCACCUGUUUGAGGGUCUGGGUCUUGGCCUUGGCACCAGCCUGGGCCGCUUCAAGGCUGUGGUGGAGGCGGUGUGCUCCAUGGAUGCUGCAACACUCCUCCGCAUGUACCCAGAGCUGGAUAAGGAGAUAACCACUGAAUUUUGCUUUGAUGCAAUGUUUGUGUACUCACUCCUCACUGUAGGACUUGGCAUCAAUGAGACAAGCUGGAGCAAUGUGGUUUUCUCGGAUGAGAUUCGUCACACAGAAGUGGGGUGGCCACAAGGCUUCAUGAUCACAAAAUCCUCUAGUCUACCCUCCAAGGCACCUUCUCAUCCCCUCUCCCUCUCCACGUUCAUCCUCCUCCUGUGUCUCUUCUCUGCCUUUGUCAUCAGCGGCUUCCUUUUCCUCCAUCACUCACUCAAGAUCCGGAGACACAGCACAUCCUACCAAAGGUGCAUUGCUGACCACAUUGAUCAGGAACUACAGAGAUUCAUUAAGUAGGAAGCAUUGCAUGUGGAUGUUGUGAUAAAGACAAUGAGUGAUGAUGAGGCAUAAGGCAUGUUACUUCUCAUGUGACCCAGAUAUACCUUUUGUAAAACAUAACAUGAGUUGUGAGUAUUUCCUAUCAUGAUGAGUGUAUUGCAAUAUCAAAAAUAAUAAUUGCACAUGAUUCAUAACAUUUGUAGGUUAUAAUCAAGAAUGAAAUUGUAAUACAGAAGCAGUACAAACAGACUAGUUAUAGUUAUAUGUUACUGUGUUACAUAUUGCUGCAUCACCUUUAUAUCAUAUUCUGUACAUUUUAGAGAUUUUAUAAGGAAAGAUUCUGUUCAAAAUACUUCUUAAUAAAUGUAAAAACAGAAGUGUUGUGUAGAGAUAACAUGCUCAAAUACAGCAGCGUGCCAGAUUACUUAAACUAAGCAUGAAAAUACAAUUAAAAUGUUACGGAUACAAAAUUUCAGAUGUGAGUGAUGCAUGAAUUAAAUUUAGUUUGUGUCGUGAAAACCAGUGCAGUAAUCAUAAUAGAUGUCAUGUUUGCAUGCAUCUAAAACACUCAAAUGGUCUGAUCUAACAUCAAAAAUAUACUGCAUGAAAUAUGGAGUGGUGAAGUGCUUAGGUCAUGUCAAAGAUCUAGACUUACUAAAUGUCACUAAAGUGUAUCUUCAAAAUGUGCAGUUUUGUAACCACUGUAAUGCUGAGGCUAUUCUGACUCCUGUGCAAACCUGAGAAACAGGUACCUGAAACACUGUACUUGGCGCAUUUUUGCUUGCUUGGAUUAAUGGGGUCUCCAUCUCACUGACUUAGAAAUACAAAGUCAUCAGGUUCUUCACCUUACCGACUUAAAAAUACAAAGUCAUCAGGUUCUUCAUCUUACUAACUAAAAUACAAGUCUCAACUUUUCGUCUACUUACUGUAUUUCCGAUAAUUUAAGACAACUCUCUACCUCUUCCCUUCUAGUGCACUGAGCAUUAGCGCCCUCGACUAAGCCCAUCUGUACCCCAGUUAAUGUGAGCCUCUGGGCAGGCUUGUGUGAUAAUUGUAUUUAUGUGGAGAUUUUGGAAUAUAAAGUUAGUGAACAAUAAAUAUCAGUAUUAUUAAA